GUCUGAACCCUGCGUUUCCGCUGUGGUGAAGCAGGUUGCUUGAUUCAUGAUGGCGUCAAUGGAAGAUUGAUUUGUGAUGAGGAAAGAGGGGAAUAAUCCUUGUGAACCAGAUACAGGACUGAAAACGCAGCUCCAGAAUUAUUUUACUUUGCAUUCUUUGCUCUGAUUUUUAACUGUUGUAACACAUUGUGCAGACACCAACAUGAAGGACGUUGAGUUAAGAGGCAUGUUCUCAGCGCACGUAAUUCUCAUCCUCUCGGUUCUCUUUGCUACUUUUGUACCUUCCUUAUUUUUGGAUAACUUUUCUGUAAUUGAAACGCACCUGGUGUGGCUGUACAUUUGUUCAGCUUCUGUGGUGGCUGUUAGCAUUGUUUUACAUUCACUACUGGAAACCAACACUCCAUCGAACAAAAAGAAUUCCUUCAAUAAUAAGAUCUCAAAGACUAUCAAGUCCUGUUUGUUAUUCUUGACUUCCUGUUUAAUGUUUCAUGGAAUCAUUGUAUUAUAUGGAGCACCACUACUCGUGUCCUUCAAGGAAACCUUUUCAUUUGCUGUUCUAUUAUCUACCUUCACAACAUUUCGAUGCCUGUGUUUGCGGGGACCCAAUGUGCAAGCAUGGAUACGCGUCUUUAGCAAAAAUGGGGCAACAUCUGUCUGGGAUACGAGUCUGCAAAUCACCACAAUUUCCAGUUUGUUUGGAGCUUGGCUAGGAGCAUUUCCUAUCCCACUGGACUGGGACAGGCCCUGGCAGGAUGGUGAUGGUUCCUUUCAGUCAUUUAGUGGGGUUUUGAGGAUACCCCACGCCUCAGAAAGGAACAGCGUGUGCAUGAAUGGAUUUUAGGUGUGGCCAAUUUCCUGUACACUUGGAGCAACACUUGGAUUCACUAUCAGUCUUGUCAUCGCGCCUUUAUGGAUAUACUGGAACAGGAAGCACCUCACUUACAAAUGCAGAUGAUUUCAGCAGUUGGUGAUAGUG